AGGCCCUUGCCGACGGGUUGUCUGCCAUUAGGCGUGCCUGUUGCGCGCCCGUUCCCGUCUUUUCCGUUCCUUGCGGGUUGCGGGCAUCGCACCCUACUUGGGCGGGUCGGCGCAGCCUUUGAGUGGUCUGGCUGAGAGCGGGCAGCGUGCGCUUGGAGGGCGCUGUGGAACGGAGAGAGGCACACAGCAUGGCAGAAAACCGAGAACACCGAGGAGCCGUCGAGGCGGAGCUGGACCCAGUGGAGUACACCCUUCGGAAGCGGCUUCCUCACCGCCUGCCUCGGAGGCCCAAUGACAUCUACGUCAACAUGAAGACUGAUUUCAAGGCUCAGCUGGCCCGCUGCCAGAAGCUGCUGGACGGAGGGGCACGGGGUCAGAACGCUUGCACUGAGCUCUACAUUCACGGUUUAGGCCUAGCCAUCAACCGCGCGAUAAACAUUGCACUGCAGCUGCAGGCAGGCAGCUUCGGGUCCUUGCAAGUGGCUGCCAAUACCUCCACUGUGGAGCUUGUGGAUGAGCUGGAACCAGAGACUGAUGCACGCGAGCCACUAAUCCGCACUCGAAACAACUCAGCCAUCCAUAUCCGAGUCUUCAGGGUCACACCCAAGUAACAGAAAUGAAGGUGGACCUCCUUAUCCACUCACCAGCUCUACAGUUAGGGUCAAAUGUGGCUUGCCUUGUACUAAGUACUGUCAUGGACCUUCAGAAAAGGCCUGGUCCCUCACAGCCCAAAGAAUUCUGAAUCGAGAGGGAGGGUGUGGUCUCUUGGGUUCAAGCCGGGGGUAUCUUGAGUCUGUGUGGUCUGUAACCAUUGUCUGACAAAAUAAAAAGUACCAAGUUGUGUUAAUGUCCUGCCACCCCACUGCCACUGCUCUCUCUCCUUUGAGUACCUGGAAGGGGAGAGUAGGAAGCUUCACAAGGGUUUAGCCACAGGAGGGGAACCCAAAUGGUCCCUGCCUUCACAGAGAGCAUAAAUUGUAGUAGGAAUAGUGUUUAUGUAACAGACUAGUAUGAGAUGCAAAAGCCUGACAAUCCCAAUGUUUGCUUUAAAAUUUUUCAUCCUCCCAGGAAGGCCAGGAGAAAGUGGACCCUCACCCACUAAAAUGCUGCUGGGAUAGUUAUAUGCUUGGGAGGCACCUGGUCGCUCCCUACCGGUGAUGUGAUGCUUCCCAAGCACAGAAAAGGUGAGGGUUUAAUGAUGAAGGAAGCAAAACUAAGACUGUUGGGGCUUUCUUUGUGCCAGGCUCCGGUAGGGAUGGACUAACUGCUUCAUUUGGUUCCUGGAACUGCAGGGCCCGUAUUCUGAGCAGCUGUGGUCUAGAGCCCAGUAGGCCCUUCUUAGCUGGGCUACUGUAGGAGAAAAGGAACCUCCCCCCCACCCCGAAUAAUGACUGGGCACACAGGUAGUACAUACUUUUUGUUUGGCUAUUUGUGGGGUCAUCUGAUUUUUCACAUUUAUCAAACGAGUCAAUCUAAAGCAACGUAUCACACUGAGUGGUGACCCAUUUGUGGGUCUUGAAAUCAAUUUAUUGGAGCACAGCCUGUUUAAAGAAAUGAAAAGCUCACCUGG